AUGUCGCUCUGUUCGAAUGACGUUGAGCUCAUUACCUCGGGCUCACACGAUGCCACCAGUGACCGAGCCUCCGACGUUAUAAUGGACAGAUAUCCCCCAACUGGGGAGCAGCUCGAAGAGAGGAUCGUCGAGUUCAUUGACUCCAUUGUCGACAGCGCUGUCUGUCGUCUGGCCUCCAAGUACAACGGCCAAAAGCCUUGCAGCAUUGUUGGAAGCAGUCGCGGCAGCUUUAAUGUCUGUUUCUUCGUCCAAUUUGGCGAGGAAAAUGCCAAAUGGGUGGUGAGGGUUCCUCUGGAGCCAGUUGUUGUCGACCCCUGGGCCAAGGUGCAGAGCGAAGCUGCCACCAUGAGAUACAUCAAAAAGAAGACGACGAUUCCCAUACCAGCAGUUCAUGCAUAUGGUAACGAUGCCGACCUAAUUCAGGGAGAAUCCAAGCCAGUGGCGUUCCUCAUAUGCGACUACAUCCCUGGUCAGUCGCUUGGUAUGAGGACUUUCGCCGACGCUACGGCCGAUCAACGGAAACACUUUUACAAUGACCUUUUUGAUAUUUUAAGCCAGUUAUAUGGGUUAGAAUUUCCUGUCGCUGGCUCGCUGAUGCCUAACCCAGGCAACGACGCGGAACCCAUUAUCGGUCCCAUUCAGUGUAUGGCUGCCAAUGAGCUCCAUCGGGUUGUCCAACCCCAGAGAAACCCGUCAACCUUCUCCUCCUAUAGUGACUACAUGACCUAUCAGCUUCAUAUACUAUCGGAGACAUUCCGCCUACCAACGGAGGAACUGGACAGCAAUCAGGCAAAGAUGGAGUUGUUUGCGAUUGAAAGCCUGGCAAAGCAAGCUCCCACCUUGUUUGAUACCUCGAAAUCCGAGAUGCCCUUUGUUCUGGCCCACCAGGAUAUGAGAUGUAGCAACGUUAUUGUUACAGAAGAUUUCCAUAUCAGUGGCAUAAUUGAUUGGGAGUUUUCAGGCACAAUUCCGCGUCAGUUGUUCACUCCCCCACCAUGGAUCAGUGGUCACGACCUUGAUGUCGUAAUUGCAUAUCCGGCUCGCGCUCCUAUAACUCUUACCGAGAUACGCUCCGAAUUCCUGCAAACCCUUGCGACAAAGAGUGCCACGUCUAGAAACUGUGCCCAACUGAUGGAGACUUGGAAACAUCAAUCUGAGCAGCUAUUCCCAGUGUCACAGAUUCUACGUCAGCCUUCUUGUCUCAUCAGCGUCUACAACCGUUUCCUUUUCCCUCGCACCUUGAGGGCCGUCAGGAAAGAUGUCGUUGACCAGUUCUUCACAAGCGACGGAGAAGGAAGAAGUCUUGCGCCCGAGGUCAGUCGUCGGGUCGAGCAGUCGGAAAAUUAUACGCAAUAUCUGAAAGAUCAAGGUUUAUUUGUUCCUGACAAUCAAUCUCAACUGGAUCAAGAGUGGUUGACUAAAGCUGAAGCAUUGCUGAACUCCUUGAAAUGA